GGGGACAUUAUUGCGGCGUUUCCAAAUUUUCCACGGAAAGCCAAGGGGGGCUUCCCAAACGGGGGGGGGUUUGGCUUCGAAACGUAGCGGCACCAUCGUCGUCGUCGGGAAGUAAUAAAGAGGGAGGAAAGAAGCAGAGGACGAGGAAGGAGUUGGAGAGUUUCCGUAGGGAGGACGUUUGGAUCGAAGAGAAAGGCCAAAGGGAAUCCAUCACGGCAUCACCCCUCUGUCCCUCGCCGUGCCCCCACAUGUGACUUUCUUCCUCUCCUUCUUUCUGCGUCCGGGACAACCCUAGUUAGGAGCGAAGCUCCGCGUUCUCCCGGGCCUAUUAGCAUCGCAGGUACUUCCUCUUCGCCAUUCUCCGUCGGAAUCCAUCACCAACGAGGGAACCAGAAGCUGUUUGCACAAGUGAUAGCAAGGAAGAGAGAUGCCGGGUGGAGGCUUCAGAGUGUUGCAUUUAGUUAGGCCUUUCCUUUCAUUUUUGCCAGAGGUUCAGAGUGCAGAAAGGAAAAUCCCAUUCAGAGAGAAGGUUAUAUAUACAGUUAUCUCUCUGUUUAUUUUCCUUGUCUGCAGUCAACUGCCUCUUUAUGGCAUUCAUUCGACCACGGGUGCCGAUCCAUUUUACUGGAUGCGUGUGAUUUUGGCAUCAAACCGUGGAACUGUCAUGGAACUGGGUAUCACGCCAAUUGUGACUUCUGGAUUAGUGAUGCAACUUUUGGCUGGAUCAAAGAUAAUUGAAGUUGACAAUAGUGUGCGUGAAGAUCGUGCUCUCCUAAAUGGUGCCCAAAAGUUGCUUGGUAUUUUGAUUGCUAUUGGGGAGGCGGUUGCAUAUGUUCUUUCUGGGAUGUAUGGCAAUGUUAGCCAACUUGGGGCAGGAAAUGCUAUUCUGAUAAUUCUUCAGCUCUUCUUUGCUGGUAUCAUUGUGAUAUGCUUGGAUGAGCUUCUCCAGAAAGGAUAUGGACUUGGAUCUGGCAUUUCACUAUUCAUUGCUACCAAUAUAUGCGAAAAUAUUAUCUGGAAAGCAUUUAGCCCUACAACAAUCAACAGCGGUCGAGGGGCGGAGUUCGAAGGUGCUGUUAUUGCAUUGUUCCAUCUUUUGAUAACUAGAACAGACAAGGUCCGGGCACUUCGUGAAGCUUUCUAUCGGCAGAAUCUUCCUAAUGUGACAAAUUUACUAGCUACGGUUUUGGUUUUCCUGAUUGUCAUCUACUUUCAAGGGUUCCGUGUUGUCUUGCCUGUGAGGUCUAAGAACGCCCGUGGACAACAAGGCUCUUAUCCGAUUAAGCUUUUCUACACCUCCAACAUGCCUAUCAUUUUACAAUCUGCUCUUGUGUCCAACCUCUACUUCAUUUCUCAGUUGCUUUACAGGAGGUACAGUGGAAAUUUUCUGGUAAAUUUGCUUGGGAAAUGGAAGGAAUCUGAAUAUUCAGGUGGCCAGUUUAUUCCUGUUGGUGGUAUUGCUUACUACAUUACAGCACCAUCGAGCCUGGCAGAUAUGGCAGCCAAUCCGUUCCAUGCUCUCUUCUAUAUUGUUUUUAUGCUGUCAGCAUGUGCACUGUUCUCAAAGACUUGGAUAGAAGUAUCUGGCUCCUCUGCUAGGGAUGUUGCCAAGCAGUUGAAGGAGCAACAAAUGGUGAUGCCUGGUCACAGGGAGUCCAACCUCCAAAAGGAGUUGAACAGAUACAUUCCCACUGCAGCUGCCUUUGGCGGCAUGUGCAUCGGUGCCCUGACGGUGUUGGCCGACUUCAUGGGUGCAAUUGGUUCAGGAACUGGGAUCCUGCUUGCUGUGACAAUCAUCUAUCAGUAUUUUGAGACAUUUGAGAAGGAGAGAGCCAGCGAGCUAGGUUUCUUUGGAUUCUGAGGCCAUUAGCUAACACUUAACAGAAGAUCUGGGGUGGUGGUUGUGCUUGCAGGGCUCCCCAUUUGCUUUUUUGGUGAAUCAGAGAGAUAUAGGUUUCAGCGUAGUGUAGCAAUGGCUUCCGUUUGUUUUUUGUUCUCACAUUUGCCUUUUAAGAAGAAACUCAACGGGGUUGGAAACACCGAAGGUUUAUCUAAUGAUUGCAACGUCGACGAACUAGUUCUCCACCCA